CACACAUUAAUAUUUGUUCGUUCGUCUAUUAAUAAAAAAUAUUAUUCAUUUAACUACAUAACAAAUUCUAUCAAAUAUUCUAUGAAAAAUGUUAAGGGGUUGAUUUUCCAUACGUGACUUAUAACCUAAUUCAUUCUGUAUGGAGGUCGUUACUUCUUUUUCUUCUUUUCUUUUUGGUGAUAAACCCUUCUAAAUCCCUUGUUUCCUCCUAAUUUCAGCUUUAUAAACCCUACUCCAGCCGGAUUUGAUUCCUCCCGCUCCAUCUUCCCUCGCCGCACCGUAAAAGAAAACUCCGGAGAGUUCUUCCCUCUCUCUCUCUCUGUCUCUCGGAUUGCGUCUUAGGCCGCCGGUGCUCGCUAUUGCAGCUGCAGAAGCAGGGAGGGCAAUUGUCGGCCGCCUCUCGCCUGCUGUUUGCCGCUACUCCGUUCCUUAAUUAUUGUGUCUACAAUUUGCUUGUUAAAGCUGGGUUUGGUGCAUGAACUUCAGUUUGCCUGCGCAGUGAGAUUGCUUGUCAGGUACGUGAUCUGACCUGAAUUAGUAGCAAAUGUAUCUGGCUUGGUCUUUUGACUCGUUUCUUGAUGCUAUUUGACAAUGUUAGUUUGACGUGGAACUGUUAUGGUGAAAUGGAAGCUGAAAAAUUGAAUCUUUCAGUUGUGGGCGGACAUCCAAUCUCUAUGGAGAUAUGCUGGAGUUGCUUGUGACGAUAAAGUUUCCUGCUUGUUGUUAUUACCACUUACCCUGUCUUAAUUUCCUUCUCCACUGACCUGCAUUUCUGAUAGCUUAUUCCGUAACAUAUCUGCAUCAGCACUGUGCACCCUUCCAAGGCUACUGAAUAACGGGCUUGGCAGUUGGAGUUGAAGGAACAUAUAGUAGAGAGCGAAAUGGAAAUCGAUUUAGGAGAAGUUCCGUUUAAUAUGGCCUUCCAUCCAUCCGAUAAGUUGGUCGCUGCUGCCCUAAUCACUGGAUACCUCCACCUAUAUCGUUAUGGUGCUGACUCCACUUCACAGAAGUUGCUGGAAGUGAAGGCACAUACUGAAUCGUGUAGAGCUGUUCGAUUCAUCAAUGGCGGACAGGCAAUGAUUACUGGGUCUAAGGAUCGAUCUAUCUUGGCAACAGAUAUAGAAACUGGAACUGCUAUUGCCCGUCUAGAAAAUGCUCAUGAGGAUGCCAUCUAUAGUUUGAUCAACGUCACCGAAUCAACUAUUGCAACUGGAGAUGACCAAGGCUGCAUGAAGGUAUGGGACACUCGGCAACGCACUUGCUGCAACUCUUUUACUGCUCACGAGGACUAUGUUUCAGAUAUGACUUACGUACCCGAGUCAGGGAAACUGCUGGGAACAAGUGGAGACGGGACUCUUUCUGUUUGCAAUCUUAGAAGUAACAAGGUCCAAACCCGCUCUGAAUUCUCAGAAGAAGAGCUCUUAUCUGUGGUUAUCAUGAAGAAUGGUCGGAAGGUUAUCUGUGGCUCACAAGAUGGGACACUAUUAUUAUAUUCCUGGGGGUUCUUCAAGGAUUGCAGUGAUCGCUUUGUUGGUCUAGCUCCAAAUUCCAUUGAUUGCUUAUUGAAGCUGGAUGAAGAUAGAGUCAUUGCUGGAUGCGAGAAUGGACUUAUCAGUGUGGUUGGUAUAUUGCCCAAUAGAGUCAUCCAGCCUCUUGCUGAGCACUCAGAGUACCCUAUUGAGCGACUUGGGUUUUCUCACGACAGAAAUUUCCUCGGCAGUAUUUCUCACGAUCAAAUGCUGAAGCUCUGGGAUAUGGACGAGUUAUUGCAAAGCGAUGAAGCUAAUAAUACUCAAGAGGAUCAAGGUGAUGCGUCUGAAGAUGAUGAUGGUGAUGGGAUGGAUGUGGAUAUGAAUCCUCCCAAGUCCAAGAAAGGCACCAAGAGGAAAAAUGGGCAAAAUGGCAGUAGCAGUGGCAAUACAAGUGCCGCCUUCUUCUCUGAAAUGUAGUACUUUAACAAACCAUAGUACCAACUAGUCUUGUAUCUCUGUAAUUGAGAGUUAUCGAGAAGUUAAGGGACCAAAGAUUUUAUGGAAAUACUGCUCUCAUUUUCUCAGCAUUGGUUUAAGAUUCAUACGGAUUGCCUGUGUGACGGCAAUGUGUUUGUCGCGUCACGAAACCAUUAUGUUUCGUACGUUAUCUAAUAUUUCAAAAAUGAUUGAAUGUUCUCGUAAUAACUAACGCACCAAACUCGAAAUUGCUUUAGGGAGCAUUUAUACACUAUGCAUUAUUAGUAUUGAGUGCCAUGUUUUUAGAACAAGAACAUGAGAAUUCGUUAUAUCAAUCCGCGGUUCAAAAAUUAUUGAAAAACAAUUGACUCAAAUUUUCUUCAAUUGAACAAAUAUUUGAAUGUCAAUUCCUUGAUUUGCUAAAAUAAUUAAUAUAGGUCCUUAGUCUAAAAACAAAAGUUUUUUCAUUGAAGUAAUUAAAACAAAUUCCCCCGUAAUGUGGAAUAUCCUCCCUAAUCACCACUUAAGUGAUUCUGAAAUCAGGCCAAACCACGGAGCUGCCAACCUAGUUGCACGGUUGAAAUCGAGGACAAUCUACCUCCGGAAUCACCCGAAAGACAGAACGAUGGCUCGAAUGACCCGGUCAUCACAAGCCAAACCUGCCCCACCAAUUGAGCUAUCCAACCAAAACAAAAUAUUUUUCCUCUUGUAGUUAAGACUAAUUACUAACAUUCCGUUUGGUAUAAAUGAAUUCUAUAAGUUUUGAAAAAUUCAUUUUGAAAUGAAACAUUUUAUGUGUUUAGUAUUUAAAAAAAUUCUAUAUUUUAAAUUCUAUGGAAUUGGAACUAGUUAUAGCAAUUCCGAGGAAUUGAGAUAGAAUUUCCAAAUGAAUUUCACACGUAUUUACUGAUUAUAAUAUAAUGAUAUAAUUAUUCUCUUUUAUUAACUAAAUUAUUUAUACAUAUGACAUACCAAACACACGACUUCGUUUGACAAUGAAUUCUACACGACAAUUCAUUCUAUUUCUAAAGAUUUGAAUAUAACAUACCAAACACAAGAUUAUUAAUCUUGACAAUGAAUUCUAUACAAUAAUUCAAUUUAACGACAGCCUAACCAAAAAGUAACGGUAGGGGCUCGAUUGAGAACUGUCACAUAGAACAGUGACCUACAUUAAAUACCUUGAUAAUUCAGUAACUUAAUUAGCAUUAAAAAAACGUCAGGUAUUCCACGUCACGAUACGGCGGGGCCCACGAUCAUGAUGUGGCAUCGUCCCAUUCGUGAAGCUGACACGGCGUCAGGCAGACUUGGACGCACGGGAACGGAAUAUACUAGAGAGGGGCAGACGGCGUGAGUCAAUAAAACCUUUUUAUUAUUUAAUCAAAUGUUCAACGAAAA